AUGGAUCGUGGUGUUACCCUGGAGAAUCCCUACGCCAGCGUCAACAUCCCACGGGAGCAGUUCCAGCAAAGCUUCAUCACUCGCUACCUGAAGGACGAACCCACCGUCAUCGCCAACCCUGCAGCCGUGCCCACCUACCGGCUGCAGGAGCAGCUGGAUCCCACUGGCAGCUGGAACAGCCCAGCCAUUUCCACGGAGAAGUCCUGGUCCCGUCCUUACAACCCCUAUGGAAGCCUGAAGAUGCCCAAUGGGGAAUCAUCCAGCUCCUUCUACACUGUCACCCUGGACAAGACACUCAAGGGCCAGGAGCGGGGGGCUGGCAGGGGAUGCAGCUGCUGCAAGUGCUGCCCCUGCUGCAGAAAGUGCUGCUGUGUCAUCUCCUAA